ACAUGGGUAAUGAUUACAUAUAUUUCUUUUUUAAGUAUGAAAAUUUCACUUCUUUUCCCUUUAAUUCCCCUUAUAACCAAAUAUAGUUAUAAUGUUCCAAGACAAUACCUAUGAAAUUAUGAAUUGGAAAAAGGAAGCUUGCUAGGAUGGCACCCUUAUAUAGACAGACCCCCCUCUUGUUAGUAGAUUUACUCGUUGGCAUCAAGCUUCCUAAGCUUGACUGGGCGAGGAACAUGGUAUUGCUCCUUAAUAAAGUGGGUAAUUUUAACAAGGAAAAAGUUGGGUAUGCUAACAGAUUACCUAGGAAUAAGGCAUGCUAGAAUCUACUGGCUGUUCGAUGAUGGAGUUGCAAUAAGGCUCACAAUCUGAUUUCAUCCAUAAAUCAUCAAGGGCUGAAUUUACUCAACGAUAGGAUAUUGCCAGCAUAUUCCAAAACCAUUUUCAAAGAAUUUAUGCUUCUUAUGGCACAUCCUUGGAUCCAAACUAUUUUCUCCCAAUCAGAGGCCGUGUUUCAGAAGCUGAUAAUGCUGUCCUUAUGGCUCCUAUCACUGAUUUAGAAAUUCAGAAGACGGUCAUGCUCAUGCAAGCUUCUCCUGCCCCAGGACCAGAUGGAUUUUCUGGCCAUUUCUAUCAUAGUGUUUGGCCAUAUAUCUCCCAUGAAGUGUAUCGAAUAUUUCGCACAUUCUUUUCUCAAGGGCAGUUCUCACGAGCACUCGAUAAAACUUUCAUAUCAUUGAUUCCUAAGGUUCAGAAUCCCUCAUCUGUGAAUGACUUUAGAUCUAUAAGUCUUUGCGAUUUCAUAUAUAAAGUCAUCUCAAAGAUUAUGGUGAAUCGGCUUAGCCCCCUUCUUCACAAAUUCAUUUCUCCUAAUCAAAAUGGUUUUGUCAAGGGCCGUAUUCAAGAUAAUGUUCUUGUUAGUCAUAAACUCCUCCAUUGUAUUCUCGGAGAAAAGAGAGGUCGUUUUGGGUACAUGGCUGUCAAAAUGGAUAUGAGCAAGGCCUAUGACAGCCUCGAAUGGAAUUUCUUGUGAGCCACCCUCAUUGCAUAUGGCUUUCAUCAACAAUGGGUUGAUCAAUUAAUGUUUUGUGUGGAAUCUACUCAAUUAGCCAUUAUUCUCAAUGGAUCCCCUCUUUCAUAUUUCACCCCCACUAGAGGACUUCAUCAAGGUGAUCCAUUAUCUUCUUAUUUAUUUGUUUUGCGGAAGUCCUCUCUUCACAUUUGGCUAUUGCACUUGAUCGUAAGAUUCUACAUGGCAUUAAAAUUUCACGUGGAUGUGAAGCUAUUACUCACAUGGUCUUUGCCGAUGAUAUCAUAUUUUUUGGUCGAGCCUACCUUCAAGAAUCUCUGAACCUCCAGCGCAUCUUCAAUAUUUAUUGUACUUAUUCUGGGCAAGAGAUCAAUAUUCCAAAAACAAGAGCCCAAUUCAGCCCCAACGUCAUUUCAAGCACUAAGAGACUUCUUCGUCAGCAUUUCCGCAUCUCUUCCAACCUUCAUCUGGAUCAAUAUCUUGGAAUUCCAUUUAUUGGUACUCCUGGGCCGGCAGGCAUAGGUGGUUUGGUUCGAGAUUGGAAUGGGAAUUUCCUGUGGGGCUUCUCUGAGUACAGUGGUUGUACCUGUUCCUAUGUUGCAGAAGCAUUUGCAGUUAGACGUGUUCUUCUCAUUGCUAUUUCUAAAGGUAUUCAUAACCUCAUUGUGGAAGGAGAUAACCGGUUGAUCAUACAACUUCUACAAGGCAAUAUUCAAGAGGCUCCUUGAAAAAUUGCAGAGAUCAUUUUUUACUGCAUUCAACUUAAAUCUCGGUUUCAACAUUUUAUAUUCACACGUCUAUUGUGAAGCCAAUUUUGCUGCCGACUCUUUAGCUUCUUAUGGCUGUAAUUCUGGUACUUCUGUCAUCUGGGAAUCCUCCCCUCCCUCUUUUGUAUCCCCGUUUUUGACAGUUGACUUACAAUCAGUUGCUCGCCCACGUCUUGUACAUAACCCUUCUCUAAUAUAAGUUCUUUUCUCUAUCAAAAAAAGAAAAAUGGUAAUACAUGUAAUAUGUCCAAUGUAAAUGGUAUUGAAAUAAAUUAUAUAGUACUAUAUGGAAUACGUAGUGUA